AUGGCCACGGUGAGACUGCGAGAUGAGGGCGCACAGCCGUCGGGCGGGCUGCGGAAGCUCAUUGCCGCUCCAGCGGGGCCCUGCCGGCGCAGGACAGGCUCGGGGCAGGUGGCGGGGAGGCCACGGCCGGCCGGUUCCGCCGGGACAGAGCCCGGCCCGCUGGCGGCGGCGAGGCAGCGCGGAGCGGUGCCGCCGUCGGGCUGGGCAGAGGCGGGCCGCGGGGAGGGCGGCGCGGCCGCAGCUACGCUACCGGGGCACAGUCGCUACCUCGCAAGCGGUGCGAAACGCCGCGAGCGGAACGCUUGUCCCGCCGUGUCCCGCGAGCCUCCGCGCCCUGGCCGGCACCUCCUCCAGCACGUCUUCAGCAGAGGCGUAAUUGGAGCAGCGCGGGUUCGCCUCCCGCCGUCGUUUUCGGGGACCCCCGGGGCAGGGGACGGCGCUGAGGCAGCCGCAGGGAGGUAUCGCCCCGGCGGCGAGCACGGGCCGUGCGCGACGGGACUACCGGGGCCAGCCGACUUUUUCGCGGGAGAGCAAGUUACGCUAGAGCGCCCUUCAGAGAGAGACAUCCAGCCGCACGCAUUUGCGCUACGGUGCAGUCUGAAAUUAAGAAGGCCAUGGGCUAAUGCCCUCUCGUUAAAACCACCCUUAUUCUCCGCGUUCAGCAUUUUCUUCGUGCUGUGCCUUGCUGUCAGAUAUUUAAGAGAUCUCUCCUGCGUGUAACUGAUUAGCACUCUCCCCCACACACAUCCUCUCAUCACUUGUGUGAGAAAGGAAUCAGAAACAGGCGCAGUCCCCCCGUCGGAGAGUCCCGCGGGAGUCCUCCGCUCCUCCUCGCUCUGCGCACGGAAGCCUGCGCUCCCUCCCGGCGCUAUCCAGUGCUCGGCUCCGUUCGCAGCCUCAACAGGAAAAGGCCGGGGCCACCCGGCCCGGCCCAACCACUACGGACUGCCUGCCCCAGCAGGUUCCCCUCCUGUCCCGUCUCUCCCUGCUGACAGCCCGUCGACGAACCCGCCGCCCCCGAGGUGCUUCCGCAGGUCCCCACGCGUGGAUCCCGCGGGGCGCUGAGCGGCGCGAUUAAAGCACCAUCCGAGCUGUGCAUCCCUCUGAUGUGCAUGGAACACCAGGGAGACGAGGGCAUGCAAAAGCUGGCGAUUCACUAAACUCUGUGUGUCUACGUACUUUCAUCUUCUCAAAAAUGAUGCUAUGCUAGGAAUGCUCACUAAAAUAAUGAGGGUACGUAACUGUGAAAUGAUGAAGUUUAGACUGGACUUUGGAAAGGUAGGGGACAAAAGGUAGGCGAAGCACGGAUGGAGUCCGGAUAGCCAAGCCCGUGCUCUGUCUGCGUCCAUCCCCACGUACACACUAGCAUUUCUGACCUCUUCUCGGAAAGAACUCCUCUCCAACAAGCUCGGCAAACACACUCCCUUAUUGCGAAGCGCCCCCGGCCACAGCAAUACCCAGGCUCCGCUACCUGUUUCCGCAAGGCGCGUUAUCCUCCUGUCCCUCCGUGGCUCCUGAACUGCCGGGGCCGCCGACCCAGCCAACCUCGGGACGGAGGACUCGGCCCGCGGCUCCGCGCAGCCCUCGGGGCGGCCCUGGGCGAGCUCCCCGAGCCCCGCACGCCAGCGCGGGAGCGGCGGGUCCGCGGCAGCGGCGGGGACCGAGGAUGGGGACGGGGGGGCUGCCGCAGGGAACUGGGCGGGGGGCGCGCCAGUGCAUCCGCGGCUUUCCGCACCGCCCUCUCGUCGCCUGGCGGAGCCAGGCACCGAAAACAAGAAACACUGAGAAAUCUCCCGUACACUCUAUUUUUCCUCCAGACACACUAUUUAUGAAUUACUGCUGCACGUUUGCUAUUCCCGCGGGGAACAACGCUCGUAUUGAUUUUGUUGGUUCCGACUGCUAUAUUUGUCUUGGAGAAAAGGUGUACGCAUACAGAAAAUGUGUUAUUUUAUCGAAAUCUAAUAUGCAGCCGUCCGCGAAACGCGCACAAACACUCUGAAAUAACGAGAGGAAAGGACCGACACGCAACAAAGGGCGCUGCUCCGGCCCUCCAGCGGGGCAGGUCUCGUUGCACGCCGGCCCUACCCAGGGCUCUCUAUCCAAUUUCCUCCACGGCACAUUUAUUUGGAGGCCUCCAGAGCAGACGCUCGUUUUCUGUCGCGCCGUCUAGAACAGACAAUAGCUCUAAUGCCGUACCUCUGAUGGUCACGGACGGAGAGAGCCGCGGAGAG